UUCCAUCAUGGACAGAGCUGAUAGGCAGACAUCCUUCGAGUUCAGGAAGCAGCGAGCCACGCCAGUCCUGACCGGCAUCGUUGUGGCCGCAGAAAAGGAGGAAGAGGUCCUCGCCGCGUACUGGGAGUCGAAUGCCGCGGCUGAAGAACGCGAGCGUACGAAGCGCGAGGAACGGGCUCUCAAGCGCUGGGUGAAGCUCAUUAAUGGCAUCCGCGUCCGUCUGCGCCUCCGCGCAGAGUACGGCGAGAUCGAUGAUGUGGGUAGUGGUUAUCUGUACUCCGAGAACUGACAACAGGAAGAAGAGCAGCAAAAUCCUAUGGCGAGAGCUGGUCCGCAGCCGACUCGAACUGCUGGAUCCGUCAUUGCCCUUGCCAAUCAACAAGCUACAUCAGCCUGGGCUGACCGAGUACGCAAUCCAUCCCCAGAGGCGAAGCCUCGCGUCGUGACCGACGACGACGUCAAGGAUGCCACGCCCGCUUCCAGGCGAAGGGCUUCACAGUCAGCGACCGUGGACAAAUCGCGGGACAUUGAGUUUGAACAGAACGAGCCUGUGGAGAACGGCCAGAUGGAGGUAGACGCGGAGCGUCAGGCUGCGCCUCCCGCUUCAACAACGCCAAGAAUCACUCUGAGGAUACGAUCGCAAGCUGCUACGUCUGUUUCGCCAACCCCAGCUCUUAAUCGCUCUGGGCGACCGAAGCGAGUUGCGGCAAAUGGCAAAAAGGCUUCCGCAAAGAAUUCAAACACGGCCACGCGCUCGGCACGAUCGAGGAAGCGAAAGGCGAGUGACGAGGAGGAUGAAAGUAAGGCGGAGGAGAGUGGCGGGAGUAGCGGUCUUCCGCUGCAGCGGAAUGGCCGUCGCAGUGGUCCUCCUCCUGCCCCCAGCGGACGUGUGCUCAGGAGUCGUGCAGUCAAGCAGAGCCUGCGUGAGCCGUCCAGCGAAUUGUCUGAGGAGGAAUGAAGGGAAACGGUGAAACUGUAUCCAAUACCUGUAUCAUGCUACAUUUGUUACAACACUUUGCGCUAUGCUGCCACCUUGGCGCUGGAACCCUUGACCUCGACCUUCUUCUGCGCUACCUUGGCGGCAUCCUUAACUCCUGCAGCCUUGGAGUCCGGGCUUGGGGCCUUCUUCU